GAAAGACACCAUCUUUGAGAUUCAUACAGGAAACCAAAAUGUGCGGUCAACAAAGAUGGCGAUUCACCAAAUUUAAUAUUCCAAAACCAGACUCAGCCAUGAGAUUCUCCAAUCUCAAUCUCGAGCUCUUUCUUUUCCCAUGUAAACUGGUCUUUUCUACUUUCUGCCCGAUCUUUCUACUUUCUACACUCCUCUCUGGCACACCCAGAAAUUCAAACUUGAAGCAGAGAUAGAGAGAGUGAGUUUUCCAUGGAUGCGAUUCAACACACCACCAUCAACACUAAUGGCAUCAAAAUGCAUAUUGCCUCAAUAGGCAAUGGCCCCGUCGUUCUUCUUCUUCAUGGCUUCCCCGAGCUGUGGUACUCAUGGCGCCACCAGCUUCUCUACCUUUCCUCCGUCGGGUAUCGAGCCAUCGCGCCGGACCUCCGAGGCUAUGGCGACACGGACUCCCCUGGAUCGCAUACUUCCUACACCGCCCUCCAUAUUGUCGGCGAUUUGAUUGGGGCUUUGGAUGAGCUUGGGAUUGAGAAGGUGUUUCUUGUAGGCCAUGAUUGGGGGGCGAUCAUUGCUUGGUACUUUUGCUUGUUCAGGCCUGAAAGAAUCAAAGCCUUGGUGAAUCUGAGCGUCCAGUUCUUCCCUAGAAAUCCGGCUAUUUCUUUCAUCCAGCGUUUCAGAGCUGCGUAUGGUGAUGAUUUCUAUAUGUGCAGGUUUCAGGUUCCAGGAGAGGCGGAAGCAGAUUUUGCCUGCAUUGACACUGCUCAACUGUUCAAGACAACACUGUCUACUAGAAGUACAGAGGCACCUUGUUUGCCUAAAGAAUACGGAUUUCGCGCCAUCCCACCGCCAGAAAACCUUCCUUCUUGGUUGACAGAAGAAGAUAUCAACUAUUAUGCUGCCAAAUUCAAGGAGACAGGCUUCACUGGAGCAUUGAACUACUAUCGCGCUUUUGACUUAACUUGGGAGCUUACGGCGCCAUGGACGGGAGUGCAGAUUCAGGUACCCGUGAAAUUCAUUGUAGGCGAUUUGGAUAUAACUUACCAUUUUAAAGGAGCCAAGGAAUAUAUCCACGAUGGCGGGUUCAAAAGGGACGUGCCAUUGCUGGAGGAAGUAGUAAUAGUGAAAAAUGCUGGCCACUUUGUCCAUGAAGAAAAGCCACAUGAAAUCAAUACUCACAUUCAUGACUUCAUCAAGAAAUUUUGAACAACAUUUCCAUUGCCAACUCAUGUUAAUUUCUGUUGGUGGGUCUUGAAACUUUUGAUACUUUCAGCUUGUUUAUCAUUUUGUUAAGCCUUCGGAAAGCAAGCAGGAGCAGGAACAGUCAAUUGUGUGUGUUUGGAAUAUUUUUCUUAAUUUAUAGUUAAACAAUGGGAUUUUGAAUUUCUCAAUACUAAAUUUUCAUCUCUAUUUUUCAAAUUA